CAGGCAAAAAGUGACAAGUUAUUUUACCAUCUCCGGACUUCAACUCUUCAAUAGGAUGAGUUGGUGCAUUAUCCAUUAAAAGCAUAGCUUCUUCGGGAAGAUUAUUUUCACAUAAGUAUUUUUUAACUUCAGGGAGAAAACAUGUUUUAAACCAAUCAAUAAAUAUCUCUUGACUCAUCCAUGCACUUUUUUGGGCACUAUAUUUCACAGGCAAUAAUCCCAAAUCCAUGUUUUUGAAAGCACGAGGUUUUUUUGCUUUUCCAAUGACCAACAGCGGAAUCCUAUGAUCACCGCUAGCAUUUGCACAAACCAUAACCGUUAUGCGUUCGUUUUGAACUUUAUAUCCAGGUGCUGACGUCUCAGAAGAUGAAGCUAAUGUCGUUUGAGGAAGCGCCUUCCAAUUUAAGCCAGUUUCAUCACAGUUGUAAAACUUGAUUUCUUUGUAAACCACGCUUUUUAAUUUCCUCCCGAAGCUUGUUAACAUAUUCUACUGCACUGACACUAUUAGCACUUAAUUUUUCACCUUCAAUAGAUAACUGCUUGCUUUAAAAGAUGGAUCGGAGUUUGGCAAUUUUUUAUUGAACUCUAAUGCUUUUUGUUAAAUAAUUGUGCCUGAUAAAGGAAUUCCUUGACUUCGCUGCUGAGCAAACCAGUAAAAAACAACCUCAUCUAGUUCAUUGUGGGUAGCUAAUUUCAUCGUUUUUCGAUGAGUGACGUCCCCAUUUGUUGAUUCCAUUUUGCUGAUAUGGUUUUCAAUGAUAUCUCCAUGUUUUUUAAAAUCAUCAAUUGUAGUUCGGGGAACAUUAUAAAUUAUUGAUAGUGCUGUAGCGCUUUCUCCUUUUCUUAAUCGACACACUAUUUCGGGUAAUCCUACUCCUUGUGUACGUGUAUGAGCAAAUGCGGCAGUAAAAGGAAAACAGUCAAAGGCUGGUCUUGCCAAUAAUACUGAAACCAACUGGGAAACGAUCGACUGGUCUUGCGUGAAGAAAAAUGUAUACAAUCAAACUCAUAACAUGAAAAUAAGUACUUGGAAUGUUGGAGGCUUAAAAAGUUGGAUCAAGAAAGGUUGCUUGAAGUAUGUGAAAUUAGAAAUGCCAGACAUAUUCUGUCUUCAAGAGACAAGAUGUAAGGAAAAUGACCUUCCCAAAGAAUUGGAUGAAUUGGAAAACUAUAAUAAAUAUUGGCUAGCAAGCAAAAAGGAUGGAUAUGCUGGGGUUGGCCUGUUCACUAUAAAGAAGCCCUUGGAUGUGAAGUAUGGUAUUGGCGAUAAAGAGCAAGAUGAUGAUGGCCGUUGUAUCACUGCAGAAUAUGAAGACUACUAUGUCGUAUGCGUCUAUGUGCCUAAUGCAGGUCGAGGGCUAAUUACUUUGCCGAAACGCGUAGAUUGGAACGAUUCUUUCAAGAGGUUUAUCCUGGCGCUAGAGGGAAAUAAGCCAGUCAUCAUUGCUGGUGACAUGAAUGUUUCACAUCAUGAAAUUGACUUGGCAAGGCCAAAAAACAAUGUAAAUAAUGCUGGUUUCACACCUGAGGAGAGGUUAGCAAUGGACGACCUCUUAAUCUGUGGAUACAUUGAUGUUUUUAGACAUUUGUAUCCUGAGACAGUAGCCUACACAUUUUGGACAUAUAUGAUGAACUGUAGAGGAAAAAAUAUAGGCUGGAGGCUUGACUAUUUUCUGAUCUCCGAGAAAUUGAUACGCAAAGUGUGUGACUGUGUAAUUAGGAGCGAGGUAUUGGGCUCUGAUCAUUGCCCGAUCACUCUUUUUUUAAAUAUCUAAAUCAUAGGUUAAGUGUUCGAAUAUGUAUGUUACGUUUUUUUUAUUUUGUAUAACCCAAUAUUUUUAGUGAGAACAUAAGGUUUAGGCUAUGAUCAUAGCCUAUCCACUUUCUUCCAAAUACCUACGAGAUAUUUUGUCUAUAAGAUGUCGGUGUUUCACAAUGUAAUAACAUUCAAGCUAUAAGGCUGUGAUCGUUGCUCAAUCACUGUAUUUUAAAUACAUAAGUUAUCCUUGUCUGUGUACCAAAGUGUCACAGUAGUAUUCCAUUUUGUAUGGUUACCAUUUAGCAUGUAGGAUUGUUCGUUUUCAGAUUUGGCGAGUUCAACUCGCAAUAUGUAUUUUCUAUAUUUGUAUUUUUCUAAUAAAUGAUUUGCCAGUAAUA